AUGCGCAUGCGUAAGCGCGCCCAGCUUUCGUGUAAGCAAAGUUGCGGCGUGGGCAGGUGCCCAGACGGCGUGAUGAACUUACACUGCGGGCUUGGAGCUUCGACCAACGCCGUCUGCAUCUUCUGGGCAGAGGCGCGAAUCGGCACCAUCGAGAAGAGGUUGACGCUGUUGGAGCACGGAACAUCAGAGGCGACGCAGCGCCCGCGGCCGCUGACGGCACGGCGGCUGCAGCAACGCCAGGCGGGGGUGUCCGCCCAGAGCGUCACUCCCGUUUACUGCAGGGGAGGCGGCGCCGACGGUGACCCGCGCGGGCAAGACCCAGAG